AUGGGAAACAUCAAUGGGUCGACAGUGGAGGAACUACAAUCUUGUGAGAGUCAUCAGUGGUACAGAAAGUUCAUGACUGAGUGCCCAUCUGGACUUCUCACUUUCUACGAGUUCAAGAAAUUCUUUGGCCUAAAGAAUCUAUCAGAAAUGUCAAACGCCUAUGUUACGACUAUGUUUAGAACGUUUGACAUGAAUGACGAUGGCUUCAUUGAUUUCAUGGAGUAUGUAGCUGCUCUGAGCCUGGUGCUGAAGGGAGGAGUACAGAAGAAGCUUCGCUGGUACUUUAAACUGUAUGAUAUCGAUGGCAGUGGCUGCAUAGAUCGUGAGGAGCUUCUUCAGAUAAUUAAGUCCAUCCGUGCCAUCAAUGGAGUUCCUCAUGAGAUGUCAGCAGAGGACUUUGCCAACAUGGUUUUUGACAGGAUUGACAUCAAUGGCGAUGGUGAACUGUCCUAUGAAGAGUUCAUGGAGGGGGUUCAGAAUGACGAAAUGCUGCUGAAGAUGCUAACAGAGAGUUUGGACCUGUCGCAUAUUGUUAAUAAAAUUCAAGGGGAGCUGAGGGUCAACAACUAAUUUUUCAACUUCAUGGACCCUUAAGUAUACAUUUAUGUAUAACUGUGCCACAGCUGAUUGAAUGAAGAUCUUGGUUCUGCUAACCCAUGAAUAACAGCUUAACCAAGACAAAAGGAUGUGGACUUUUUGGAUCUUUGGAUCAUUGUUUAGAUGCAGCAGUUGUA